AUGGCUGCGCAAAACUCCUCCUCUUCCACCUCUUCUCUUCCUCCUUUCUCCGCGCCCAGCGUUGACAACAGCGGCCGGGUCUAUUACGACUAUGACCAAUCCGUCUCGGUGUCCCAUGUACACAUCCAUGACGACGGUCUCUAUCACCAUCAGCCAAUUGAUCCCCUGCUGCAAGACUCGAGCUCUUCAGACGGACACCAGCAUUCAUGGGACGUGGCAUACCUCGAUCCCAGCCUCGCGUCCAGCGCCUCCAACAUGUACCAGCAUUCAUGCGGACCAAAUGACUCGCCAUACCCCAUCAGCUUCAUUGAAAGCAGCCCAUCCCUUGGCAGCGAGGGCAACUUUGAGAUGGUGGACCCUCCCACUCCGCCAGACGCGCAGAUCAUGUCGCUCGGCAGCCCAUACGACUCCGAUGGCUCAGUUGAGCCACAGGAGAUUAGCUACUAUCCAUGCCCUCAGGAAAGCACAACAUUCUAUCCCAUGGGAAUCAUUGCGCUCAACGACUCGUGCACGUUUGGUGCCAGCCCCUUGACGCUUGUUGCCACGCACGACGCCGGCCACAUUGAUGCUGUCGACGCCGGCACCAGACAAUAUCCUCUCCACACCACGCUGCCCUACGUGAACUCGACCAGACGCAUCAAAGAAGAGAGCCAGACCCCACCCCUUGACGAGAGGUUCUUUGCCAACAGGGUCCCUGCAAGGAGGCGUGCUCGCGCCUCACGAUGCCACACCGAGACAGGCUCGUGCAAGCGGGCCUCUCCUGACCACGAGUCCUCGCCAAGCGGCGACAAGAAGCGCAGGAUCCACACUACCAACAAGAGGUUCUGCCACAAGUGCAAGAAGAACUUCCCGAGCCGAACGUCCCUCGACGAGCACACAGGCUCGGAGCACCCCCGCCCCUACAUCUGCGUCUUCCAUUAUGCCGGCUGCAACGCCAGGUUCGACGCAAAGAACGAAUGGAAGCGCCACGUUAGCACCAAGCAUCUCGGCUUGAAGUACUGGGUCUGCACAGAGGGCAAGUGCGCCGACGAGCGGCAGUCGGCCUACCAGCGAUACGCGGGCCUGCCAUCGUUUGGCAACAUCUUCAACCGCAAGGACCUCUACACCCAGCACAUUCGGCGCAUGCACGCCUCCGUCAUUGGCCAGGGCACUACAGACUACAGGGGCGCAGAUGCCAGAUCUGACCUCAUGGUCAAGAAGAUGCAGGAAGAUGCCCUGCGCAUCAGAUGCAGACUCCCAACCUGGAUGCCUUGCCCCGUGCAGGCGUGCGACAAGUCCUUCACCGGGGCCACCGCUUGGGACGAGCGGAUGGAGCACGUGGCCCAGCAGCACUUUGACAAUGCAGCUGCCGGCCGGGAGCCUGCCGUCGAGUUUGGAGGCGCUCAUGACACCGUCUUGACUGAGUGGGCGCAGCGCGCUGACAUUCGUAUUGUCAAGAGGACCGAGGUUGGGUGGGAGCUCUGUGAACCCCUGAAGGGAGAGACGGAGUACAGAAUGGCCACCCCAGAUGCUGAGGAGUGA